GUCAGUGCUGGAGCCCCCACUGACACCGGCGGUGGGCGGCAAUGGCCGCGCUGCGGCUACCAAAAGCUCCGGCCACGGCCGCCCUCGCCGGCGUCUCGCUCCGCCUCCCACCCCUGGAGCAGCUCCCGCCGCGGCACCCCAACACGGCCCACCUCAACGCGCUGCUCACGGCCUACGGCCGCCGCGGCCGCAUCCGGGACGCUCAGCGCCUGUUCGACCGAAUGCCCCGCCGCGACGUCAUCUCCUGGACCGCGCUCCUCACCGCCUACGCCGACGGCGGCGACCUGGCCUCCGCGCGCCUCGUCUUCGACGACAUGCCCCGCCGCAACGCCGCCUCCUGGAACGCGCUGCUCUCCGUCUACCUCCGCGCGGCGAGGCCUGCGGCCGCGCACGCGUUCUUCGCGAAGAUGCCGGCCAAGAACGCCGUGUCCUACGGCGCCAUGAUAUCGGGGCUCGCCAAGGCCGGGAUGCUGCACGAGGCCCAGGCGGUGUAUGGGGAGAUGCCGCCGCGGUGGCGGGACCCGGUGGGGUCGAACGCUAUGAUGGCUGGGUACUUGAGGGCCGGGGAGCUUGGCAUCGCGCUGAGGAUGUUCGAGGGAAUGGCGGUGAGGGAUGUCAUUUCCUGGAGCGCAAUGGUCGAUGGGCUCUGUAAGUACGGUACUGUGUCGGAUGCGAGGAGGCUGUUCGAGGCAAUGCCGGAGCGGAAUGUGGUGUCUUGGACCUCGAUGAUUCGAGGAUAUGUGAAACGUGGGAUGUGCAGAGAUGGUCUCUUGCUGUUCCUGGACAUGAGACACGAAGGUGUUCAGGUUAAUACGACGACACUCUCAGUUGUGCUAGAUGCUUGUGCUGAAGCCUGUCUUGUUAUAGAAGGAAUCCAGAUUCACAGCUUGAUCAUAGCAAUGGGGUUUGAAGUGGAUAUUUUCUUGGGUGACUCGAUAAUCAUAAUGUACUCCCGGUUUGGUUGGAUGGUUGAUGCUAGAAGGGAGUUUGCUUGCAUGAAGCAGAAGGACAUAGUAUCAUGGAACUCAUUGAUCACUGGGUAUGUUCAGAAUAACAUGAUUGAAGAGGCACAUGUGCUGUUCAAGUUGAUGCCCGAGAGGGAUGCUGUUUCUUGUACAUCGAUGGUUGUUGGAUUCUCUAAUAGGGGUUGGAUGAGAGAGGCUGUUGAACUUUUUGAGCAAAUGCCUGGAAAAGACGAGAUCGCUUGGACUGCUGUUAUUUCUAGUUUUAUUGCGAAUGGAGACUAUGUAAGUGCAGUGCGGUGGUUUUGUCGCAUGACGCGUGAAGGGUGCAAAUCUAGUACAAUAGCUUUUAGUUGUUUCUUGAGUGCUUUGGCUAGCCUGGGAAUGUUGAAUCAGGGUAUGCAAGCUCAUGCCUAUGCAGUCAGUAUGGGAUGGUUAUUUGACUCAGCUGUUCACACUUCUUUGGUGACAAUGUAUGCAAAAUGUGGAAGGUUGACUGAGGCUCAUCGUAUUUUCUCAAGCAUUAGCAAUCCAAACCUUAUUGCCACUAACUCUAUGAUUACAGCAUUUGCGCAACAUGGCUUGGCUGAGGAUGCGCUCAAACUUUUUAGCAGAAUGCAAAAUGAUGGCCAAAAGCCUAACCAUGUGACAUUUUUGGGAAUCCUGACUGCGUGUGCACGUGCUGGUUUAAUUCAACAAGGUUACGACUACUUUGAAUCAAUGAGAGCAGUCUAUGGCAUCGAACCAAACCCCGACCACUACACAUGCAUGGUUGACCUUUUAGGUCGUGUAGGCUUCCUUGCUGAAGCACUGGAAAUGAUUAACUCAAUGCCCCAAAAAGAUUAUCCUGAUGCAUGGGCAGCUUUGCUUAGCUCCAGUAGCCUCCAUUCUAAUCUUGCUUUUGCAAAAAUAGCAGCACAGAAACUUCUUGAGAUGGACCCUUACAAUGCAAUAGCUUACAUGGUUCUGUCAAGCAUGUUUUCCUCAGCAGGGAUGAAAGAUGAUGAAGAAAUGCUAAAAGUUUCACAAUUAUCCAACAUGCCUAGUAAAAGUCCCGCUUAUAGCCUUAUUAUACAGGAUAGAACUACAGAGAAGCACUUCUAGUUCUAGGUAACUGCCUAACUGGUAUUGUGAUACAUGAAUCUUGAAUUAACAAGAAAACAAUUCUAGUGCCAAGAUUCAGUGUUGAUUUUUUGAUAUGUUUUACAUGUUUAUGUACAAUGUUAAGAACUGAGAUGGCAUAUAAAAGAGCUCACAUGGUCAUGUGCAGUUUCUUUAAUGCAUAAAUACCUAUGUGUGGAUAUCUGAUAAGACGAUUGAUGAAUAUGAAGAUUAUGGACGCUGGUGGUCUGGAUCAACUUUUUGACUCUGGAAAAUUUGAUGAUAGCUAUGCAGAUAAUUCAUCUGCUAAGACGAUAUGUUGGAGAACUUGAAAUUGUUGGAUGGUGUCAGCUUAAUUCAAGAAUACUUAUGCAGGAUAUAAUCUCAAAUUGACGCAGAAACAGGUUAUCGAGUGAGUGUAUUGGAAAAGGCUGAAUAGCAUGAGGCUAAGGCUUCCACCUGGGCCUCCAACAUGGCCAAUCUUUGGGAACCUUCUCCAGUUGAGCCCUCUUCCCCACAAGGACUUCGCUCAAUUUUGCACCAAAUAUGGCCCCCUUGUCUAUCUUCGCCUAGGAACCGUCAAUGCCAUCACCACUGAUGAUCCUGAAGUCAUCCGUGAAAUACUCAUCCGACAAGAUGAGGUCUUUGCUUCAUGACCUCGGACACUGGCUGCUGUUCAUCUUGCCUAUGGGUGUGGUGAUGUGGCUCUUGCUCCGCUGGGGCCAAACUGGAAAAGGAUGAGGAGAGUUUGCAUGGGGCACUUGCUGACGACCAAGCGGCUUGAGUCUUUCGCUGCUCACCGAGCUCAGGAGGCUGAGCACUUCUGCCAGUUUAUAUGGGCUAAAGUUCAGUCAGGGAAGCCCGUGAAUCUCAGAGAGGUUCUUGGUGCCUUUUCUAUGAACAACGUGACUAGGAUGUUGCUGGGGAAGCAGUACUUUGGGCUGCAGUCGGCAGGCCCUGGUGAAGCAAUGGAGUUCAUGCACAUCACCCAUGAGCUUUUCUUGUUGCUGGGCCUGAUAUAGCUUGGGGCCUACUUGCCAGCUUGGAGGUGGCUUGAUCCAUAUGGGUGCGAGAAGAAGAUGAGGGAGGUUGAGAAGAAGGUGGACGACUUCCACCAGAAGAUACUUGAUGAACACAGGAGGGCUAGGGAGGCCAAGAAGAGUGCCUGUGCCUCCCUCAACGACGAUGAUAGCAAAGAAGAGAUGGACUUCGUCGAUGUGCUGCUAUCUUUGCCUGGUGAGAAUGGGAAGGAGCACAUGGAUGAUGUGGAGAUCAAGGCGUUGAUGCAGGACAUGAUCGCUGCUGCUACCGACACUUCAUCGGUGACCAACGAGUGGGUGAUGGCCGAGGUGAUCAAGAACCCGCAUGUCCUCCGCCGGAUCCAGGAGGAGCUUGACGCCGUUGUCGGCCGCGGCCGGAUGGUCGCCGAGUCUGACCUCGCCCACCUGCUCUACCCUCCGGUGCGUCGUCCGCGAGUCGUUCCGGAUGCACCUGGCCGGCCCGUUCCUGAUCCCGCACGAGUCCCUGAAGCCGAUGACGAUAAGCCGACGACGAUCAUGGGCUACCACAUCCCGGCGUGGACGCGCGUGUUCAUCAACACGCACGCGCUGGGCCGGAACCGCGCAUCUGGGACGAUGUCGCCGAGUUCCGGCCGGAGAGGCACCUGCCGGAGGAGGGUGUGGGAGGCCGUGUGGAGAUCAGCCACCUGCCGGACUUCAAGAUCCUGCCGUUCAGCGCCGGGAUUCCCGGCGCGCCGCUGGGCGUGGUCCUGGUGCUCAUGGCGCUCGCCAGGCACUUCCACUGCUUCGACUGGUCCCUGCCGGACGGGCUCCGCCCUGAGGACAUCGACACCGAGGAGGUGUACGGGAUGACCAUGCCCAAGGCCAAGCCGCUCUUCGCCGUCGCCACACCACGCCUGCCGCCGCAGAUGUACGGCUCGUGCGGUGCUGCUCGCCAUGGCGAUCGAUUAAGCUUUGGUAGCCAUGGCUAAUAGUAUAAGAGAGCUUGUCGAUUGAUCAGUAAGAGAGAAACUGAUCAUAUAUACUCCAUAACACAUAAACGAUGAAUGAAAUUCGCCAAUUUGCGUUUGA